UUCAGUCACAUUUCACAAUCCAUUCCAUGUAAAUAAAAACUUUAGUUGUUGUUGAAUGUUGGAGUUCCUCGUUCUGGUUUAAAAGAGCAAUAAUGUCCGACCUUAGAGAAGCGUUGUGGAAAAACGAUAAUGUUCUACAAGAAGCCAUGGUAAAGUAUGUAAGACAAGGCCUACAAAGGCGCGAAAUUUUGGAUUUCCUAACUCGUGACUUUCCGCAAUACACGUGGAGUCUUAGAUCACUGGACAGAAGACUUCGUCAUUUUAGUAUAUAUUUCAACGAUGAUAGUGUAACAGUAGAUGAAGUUAUUCAGGCAGUUCAAACCGAACUGAAGGGGCCGGGGUUGUUAUUGGGAUAUCGUGCAAUGCACAAGAAAAUUCGCCAAGAACAUUGCCUCAAUGUUACUCGAGAUCAAGUGUACGAUGUUAUGAACGAAUUGUGCCCGGAAGGUCUCGAAGCAAGAGGUGGCGUCGGUGAAAAGGAGCAACGAAAAAAAGGAAAUUUUACCACGAAAGGCACUAAUUGGGUCCACUCUCUCGACGGCCACGAUAAGCUAAUGGGAUACCAAAAUUCAACUUUCCCAUUAGCUAUAUAUGGUUGCCUGGACACCGCAAGUCGAAAACUUCUCUGGCUAAGAAUAUGGGUGACCAAUUGCGACCCUAAGAUCAUUGGGAAAUGGUACCUGGAGCAUCUCUAUGAAACACGAAUAAUUUCUGCCAUUCUCAGAGUAGACAAAGGCACAGAGACAGGGGUGAUGGCUACAAUGCAUUCAUUUUUGAGGAGGUACCACGGCGAUAUGGAUCCACAAGACACCGUUAUUUAUGGGCCAUCAACAGCAAAUCAAAUUGAAAGGUGGUGGAAAGAGCUUCAUCAAAGAAUGGAAAAAUUCUUUAAAAGUCAAUUAUGUUGGCUGAAAGACCAAGCCCACUACGACCCCCAUAAUAACACUGACAGAAUGCUUUUAGCCUUCAUCAUGGUGCCACUCAUACAGAAGGAGUUAGACAUUUUUCGGGAAAAGGUGUGGAACACACACAGAAUUAGGCUACAGAAAGACACAGUACUUCCUGAUGGUGUACCAGAUCAUAUUUACAACUUUCCUGAACAGUAUUAUCUUGAAGAAUGUGAUAAGUUACAAUUAAGUGAGAACCAACUUGAAGAGGCUGCAAAAGAAUCGGGUGUUCUAGAUGUGCCAGGCGACUUUCUUACUGAAGAAUUCAGAGCAGAAUGCGAGCGCCUAAUUCCAGAUUAUGACACAAUCAAACCAGAUGAAUGGAUAACUGCAUAUUUAUACUUGAAGGACAAAUGCAGUGUUUCAAUGUAAUUUUGCUUGUUAUUG